UUAAUGCACGUGCGUUCAAAUGAGGAAGUUCUGGUAGAAAGCCUCGUGGCGCGAGGUGAAACCCUUAUUCGACGUGCGUGUUGUCACGACGCAAUAAGCAGUUUUUCUAAGUGUGUUAUGCAGACUCUCUGGCACGUGAGCCAUAAUUUAGAUUAUUUUUUUCCUGCAGCCGCGCGGGUGGGAGUGAAGAUGCAGAAACUUGAAGGGUCGGGAGCGCGCGGAGCUGAUGCGCGUCUCUCGUGAGUGUGCAGCUGUGAAGCAACAGGCGCCAAACAUCUCUCCUCGCGCUCUCCGCGGACACGCACCAACUUGAGGUGAAUGGGAGUUUGACGCGCGUGCGGAUAAGGUGCGCUCUCCUCAUCCCGGACAGGACUGGACGCCCCUCCACCCCCUUCACCCCUCAGAGGACCCACGCAUGCUCGUGCAGACCUCCGCGCGCUGGCCGGCUCUGGUGCUGCCAUGCCCCGGAACCACGGCGCAGACGAGGGCGGCUCCGGGCUCUGGAUGAGGACAUCCCCGGGACACAGAGGCGAGGGCGCGCGGGAUGUGGAGUCCGGGAAGAUGACCAACCACGCCGGGGACGGCCUCCUGUCGCCCUCCGCCGCAGGUGCCGGCGGGGUGGACAGCCUGACGGGGAAGCAGGCGGCGCGCCUCAGCCUGCUGGGGAAGCCGCUCGCGUACAGCGCGCAGAGCGGCCGGAGGAACGUGCGCUACCGGCGGCUGCAGAACUACCUGUACAACGUGCUGGAGAGACCGCGAGCCUGGGCGUUCAUCUACCACGCGUUCGUGUUCAUCCUGGUUUUCAGCUGCCUGGUCCUGUCCGUCUUCUCCACCAUCCCGGCGCAUCAGGAUCUCUCGUCCUACUGCCUGCUCAUCCUGGAGUUUGUGAUGAUUGUGGUUUUCGGGUUCGAGUACAUCAUUCGCAUCUGGUCCGCUGGAUGCUGCUGUCGCUACCGAGGAUGGCAAGGACGCCUGCGCUUCGCCAGGAAGCCCUUCUGUGUCAUCGACAUCAUCGUCCUCAUCGCCUCGGUGGCUGUCGUGUCAGCUGGCAGUCAGGGAAACAUCUUCGCCACCUCCGUCCUGAGGAGCCUGAGGUUCCUGCAGAUCCUGCGGAUGGUGCGAAUGGAUCGGAGAGGCGGCACCUGGAAGCUGCUGGGCUCCGUGGUCUACGCUCACAGCAAGGAACUGGUGACCGCCUGGUACAUCGGCUUCCUGGUUCUGAUCUUCUCUUCGUUCCUCGUCUACCUGGUGGAGAACAAGUUCAACAAGGAGUUUGCCACCUACGCCGACGCCCUGUGGUGGGGCACGAUCACCCUGACGACCAUCGGUUACGGAGACAAGACACCAAAGACGUGGACGGGUCGGAUGCUGUCCGCGGGCUUCGCCCUGCUGGGAAUCUCCUUCUUUGCCUUACCAGCAGGCAUUUUGGGCUCAGGUUUCGCCCUGAAGGUUCAGGAGCAGCACAGACAGAAACACUUCGAGAAGAGGAGGAACCCGGCAGCUUACCUCAUCCAGUGUGUUUGGCGGAGUUACGCAGCGGAUGAGAAUUCGGUUUCCAUAGCAACCUGGAAGCCUCACCUGAAGGCCAUGCAUACCUGCAGCCCAACAAAGAAGGAGCAGGGAGAGACAAACACGAGCCAGAAGCUGAGCUUCAAAGAGCGCGUGAGGAUGGCGAGCCCUCGGGGUCAGAGCAUCAAGAACAGGCAGACGUCCUCCAUGAACGACCGGCGCUCUCCGGUGGCUGACGGCGGUGUGGAAGGCACGAGUCCCGCCAAGGUUCAGAAGAGCUGGAGCUUCAACGACCGCACUCGCUUCAGGCCGUCGCUCCGCCUGAAGAGCGCCUCCCGCUCCACCACCGACGCAGACUCCAGCAUGGCGGGAGACGACGGCUUCGAUGAGAAGGGCUGCCACUGUGACAUCUCUGUGGAGGACCUGCUGCCGUCAGUCAAGGCCGUCAUCCGAGCUGUCAGGAUAAUGAAGUUCCACGUGGCCAAGAAAAAGUUCAAGGAGACACUGCGUCCGUACGACGUGAAGGACGUGAUUGAGCAGUACUCGGCCGGUCACCUGGACAUGCUGUGCCGCAUAAAAAGCCUUCAAACCAGGCUGGACCUGAUAGUUGGCCCAAAGGUCCUCAGCAGCCGAGCCAAGACCUUUUCCUCCCCCUCCCUGCAUCUCUAUUACAGCCAGGGGAGGAAGAACUCCACUCAGGGGGUUGAUCAAAUCCUGGGGAAAGGGCAGAUCCCGCUGGACAAAAAGAUCAGAGACAAGCUUCUGUCGGACGGAGACCUGCUGGAGGACAUGAGCAUGCUGGGUCGCGUCUGUAAGGUGGAGCGGCAGGUCCAGUCCAUCGAGUCGAAGCUGGACUCCCUUCUGGACAUUUAUCGUCAGGUGUUGCGCAAAGGCUCCUCGUCGGGUCUCACGCUCUCCUCGCUGCCGCUGUUCGAGUUGGAGCAAACGUCCGACUACAACUCCCCCGUCUUCAGCAAGGACCUGUCCACUUCUUCUCAGGUCAGCAGCAGCGGAGUGCCCCCCACCGGAGGAUUUGUCACUCGCUCCACAACCAACACCCACCUGUCCCAGGCUGGGCUGCGUCUCAUCAUGGGCCCUCCGAACGACUUCAGCUCCUCCUUCACGCCCUCCUCUGGACUGGGCUCUUCCUCCUUUAGCCCGUCGCCGCUGCCACAUCAUCAUCAUCACCACACGCAGCCUCAGCCAGCCACACCUGAGAGCGGCACUGAUGAAGCUGUAGCCAACUCUCCCCCCACCCUCACCCCAAACAGUACCUGCAGCUCUGUGGGCAGAGGGGUGGGGGGUGGCGGUUUUCCUCUCCUGGCGAGGAUCCCCCCGCCCCCCACCACCCAGAGUGGGGACUCCAGUAACCUGGUGACCUCUGUGGACACUUCCCCUGAACUGGAGGACUUCUGCGGAGGACUCGGGGGGGCAGAGAUGAAGGGCGGCAGAGAGGGGCUGAGCCUUGAGCUGGGGCUGAGGAGACUGGGGGGCCCCAACGGCAAACUCAACCCAAACGAGGAGAGCUCCUGGAGGAGGCAGAUGAGCCUGGAGCUGGAGCCGCUGGUGCCCCCGCCCCCCAGCUGCUGCUCUGCAAACUCCCAGCCAGACCCGGGACUGGGAAAGUCCGUGUCGGUGCAGGACCUGAUGCAGGUCGCCCCCCACCACGGCGCCCACAACAGCUUGUCCUCCCCCAGCACAAGCAGCGACUCCCCCAUCUGCUUCCACAGCUGUGGCCAGGACCCUCGGGGGGGUGGCGGGUGUGAUGCGGGCAGGAAUGGUGGGGGCGGUUGGGCGGAGGAGGACCUCUUCAUCAGUGACAGGGACAUCGAGACUCCGGGGUUUGACUUUCUCUCACGCGAGACGACCCAACAAGUUUUCCCAUUGCAGCUGCUGAGGACAGAAGGCAGGGGGGGGGCAGGGUCUCGUGGUUCCAACCAAAGCUCGGCCGGCGGGAACCCUUCCGCCCCCCCCACCGACAGCACUGAACUGCUGACCAUGCCUCACGUUCGGCUAAAAUAAAAACGCACAAAUGUCAGUGCAGAUGUUUUCUAAGGGAGGCGGGAAUAAGGAGUGGGGGGCGGGCAGGGGGCGUGUCUUCAGUAUAUUCCCAAGUUUGUCAGAAAUCACAGUAUUUUCAUAUGAGCUCAUCACACUGGUGCAUGACUUAGUUUUAAAUAAAUGAUUGAUCUGAGAAGGUUCACCUUGAAAGACCACAAAUCGGAAGAGCUUCAGUGUUAAUUUUGCUUUUAUAGACCCACUCCGAUCAUCUUUGGAUCUAUCGUAAAAUCGUUCCCAGUGAUCCCAAACGGGAACUCAGACAAGGAAUACGAAGACGUACAUGGAUCUAUUAUUCUGCAAGUAAAUACAUCCGAAUGGAGCGGAGUAGGGGACAAUCUUCUUCAAACUGCAGUUUUUUGACUGCUCCUGAUUCACAAAAAGUUGCAUUACCUGCAAUAAUGUGUGAAUGCUUUUUGCUAAAUCUAGUUGCUGAAAAUCCAAAAGCUAUUUGCAAAAUAAUUUUUUUGAAAUUCUGCUAAAAAAUUAUGAAAGAUUGCUGAAGUUCACCUAAUUUUCUGAAAAAUUGUUACUAAGUUUGAUUAAAAAUUCUCCAUACAAUCCAAUUUUUGUUUAAAAAAUGUAGUUUAUUGCUUAAAUAUGAGCUAAACUCUAAAUUAUCCCCAAAAACCUAAGUUGAUGCCAAAUUAGCCUAAAAAGCUAGAACAUAACUAAAAAGCUUGCACGUUGCUCAAAUCCAAAUUAGCCUAAAAAUUCUCAGUAAAAUAAGUACCAAUAAAACAGUCUGUUACUAAAAUAUUAGUUAAAAUUUAAAGUAGCCUAACAAACCUCAGUAGAUUACAUAUUAGCCAAAAAUGUUGAAAUGUUGCUAACAUAUUAAAUAAAAUUAGCAUAAAGAACCUCAGUAGAUACCAAAUAACCAAAACAAGCUAGCAUAAUGCUAAUAAAAAUUAAAAAUUACUCUUAAGAAUGGUUUUAAAAGUGCACACAGGGCAUUUUUUGCUCAAUAUUUUAAAAACUAUAAAGUUUAUGAAUACAAAAAGUACAAUCAGUAAUGUCCUGAAUGAGCUGAAUGUUUUGAUACUCAGAUUACUGAAAGUGUGAUUGAGUUUUUACGUGCCAAGAACGUACAGAAAUAACAGGAGAAUAGUGAAAAUGCUUCAAAGAGUUCACACAAUAAAGAAAUAUCUAGAAACGCAAUUUAAACGGAAUACUCUUAAAAUAUGUCCUUCUUUAUGAAAAAAUGCCACAAGAAGCAUUUUAAUCGGAGUGGGUCUUUAAACAGUUCAAACCUGAGAAGAAAAUUUCCAAAUAUUUUUAUACUGUUUUGUGACUUAAAGCUGAAACCAUAGCAGAACUCAAAGCAGAACGACGACAUGUCAGACAGGAGAAGCAGUUAUAAUCUGAGCAGGUACUGAUCCAGUUCCACUGAGCGGUACAGUUUGAUCCAGACAGAAACACGUCCAAACGAAGGACGCUGAUGUUUUAACUCAUGUUGUUUCAUGAUCUGUGCAAAGUACCAGACUGGAGCUUCACGUUUUCAUUCCAUAUCUUAUUAUAUAUCCACAAGUUUUCUUACGAUUCUGUUCUGGAGUGACGGUGAACUGUCUGGUUCUAUUGAAGAUCUGGUUCCACUGAACUACUGCAGAGAAAUGUAUCAAUGGAUUUGCAGUGUGAUUAUUAGCUGAGAGGCUGAAUGUCUGUUUUUUUAUUGAAAAUGUUUGAAGAGUUUGCAGAAACAGAUUAAACCAAACCUUGAAUGUCACUUUGUUUCACGCAGUUUUCAGAGAGAAGCUGCUUUGGCUUUUUGCCGCCUGAAUGAUGAUGUUUGCUCUUUUUCACGCAGCGUUUUUAAUUUGACUUGAACCAGAAUGUAAAAGGUUUGUGUGUUUUUUUUGGUUUGAGAUGAUCAUCUUCAGCUUUGACUGCUGAGCAGGGAAGACCACCUGAAACCAACUUCCUAUUCCUGCUGUGAGGUGAGAGAAAUAACGGAGUAAUCCAAGGAUGAAGGUUAAUCAAACGAAAUCAAAGCUGUGAGAACUCUGGCUCUGAUCCCCUAAAAGAAACAUAAAAACAGCUUUUUUGGUAGAAGACCAGAACCAAACCUGCAGCUGAUCAAAUAUUUUAUCAGAUAAUUAUAAAUAAAUGAAUGUAGCCUUCAGAGUUGAACCUUUUCUCGCCGUUCUAAUGCAAAGUACACAUGUGACGCUAAACUUGAAUUCUUUCAUUUUCAGAAUAAUCAGAACAGCGUCUUUAUGUUUUCUAUUUCUGUUCCUGCCGCUUGUCCCGGUGACAUUUCCCAGUGUGAAAUGUCGAGGCAAAUCUGGUGAAUCUAACUCCAGAUUUUUUUCUUUCACAGCUCUAUUCUGAAACAUGACUGAAUCUGGAUUACUUCCCUACCUCUUCAUUCAUCCCUCCAAGCGGAGAGAGAUGGACAAAAAAAGUGUCUUUAAAUUAAUCAACGUGAAACCUAAAUGAGUUUCUGAUUUUUCAUCUUUAUAGUUAUAAAACCGAUGAUGUGUAUUUUUCAAGCGCUAGCAGAUACACUCCAACAAAGGUGACUAUUGAUUAAAGUGUAUUAUAAUGCUAAUUCCUCACAAAAAACAACCUCAAAGUGGUAUUUUGCUCUUAUCACACAUCUCUGAGCACCAGCCACUCCCAAUCCCAGAGACGACUGGUUCGUAUGAACAUGGAGGAAACAGCCCCUCCCAAACCACAAUUAUUAAUUUAUCCUCUAUGAUCAAUUUAUUCGUAUGUUAUUCGUAACAAUAAUUUAUUUCCCAACAUUUUGCUUUGUGAUGGUUUGCACAACAUAAUGCAGGAAAUUUGAGAGUUUUUUUAGAAUUCCUUCAGUUUAUUUACUUUUCAGGUAAUUUCAGAUCGUAGCUGCUAGCUUAGCAGUGCUUGUGUUAGCCUGGGGGCGGAGCAGACUCUUCCUGAAAGGGGCUGUCUCAGCUUGUGACAUCACCUUGUGACACCCACUCGUUUUGUGAGUAUGGAAGGGGCUGCUGUCUUUAGAGGAUUACUCAAAAAUACUGCUUUAUAGUGAGGAAUGAACAGUAUAAUACGCUUAAAUGCUAAAAAAAAAAAAA